UCGCUAUUGUACCUACACCUUCCGUCUCUUCUCUCUCUAAUAAUAAGUUCCGGACCGCCGUGUUUGUCGGACCGUUGCGACGCGCUGAUUCGAGCAUUUUUGUGUUUUUUUCACUUGGUAACAGGUGACUGGAACGAUUCCGGAAGACCGAUGAUCGAGGAGAAGCGCGAUUGCUUUCGCCACGGGGUCAUGAGAGACUGAAGGGAAACGGCGAUCGAAGGUGUCGAAGUUGCUGCUGAUCCAAUACGGAACGGAUGAAUUGCGGGAAACUAUGCUGGCAUAUUGUACAACACCGUUUUCGAUCGAAGGAUAUAUCGAGCGGUCAUACGAGGAAAGUGCAGAGUAAUGAUCAGAGCUACGCGGUCUGAGGUGUUGACCGCGAAUUUCAGACAAGCGAGUCACACCGUGCACAAUUGGCGGCGUAAAUUCAGCCUUGGCGACAAUCUCUUGUUGAGAAUUUUUCUUGGUCUUUGCUACAUCACCGGCACCUGUUGUGAUUGGAAAGGAAGGAUGCCGCGCGGGACGAACGAGUUGCAGGUGACUCUGAGUCGAUCGCUCCAGCUCGGCCACUGCGAUCUGGAGAAGACCUGCGAUUGGUCCUGGGACCAAUCAGUCGGUUUCAAAAGAGUCACGCAACCUGUGCCAGAUAGAUAUGGUCCUAUCGCUGACGCAAGUAAUUCCGAAAAUGGGCAUUUCUUGUGGUUCAGCGGCAAUGGAAAGGCACAAAUGUGGUCUUACGCGAUUCCCCGUACCGGAUCGCGAUGCAUGUUAGAAUUAUCCCUGUACCAAGUUGAAAUGAGCGACGGCGCUAUCAGCUUGCUCAUAAUCACGAAUAAUACAAGUUCGAUCGCCGAGGAGAAACCAGGAAAUAAUAAUAAGAAAUGGGAAAUAACGAGUUUCAAGCUGGGUGCAAUUAGUCAGCCACAUCGAUUACUUCUAGAGAUGCUGCUACCCCACUCUAACUCUGGCAUCGCGGUUGAUAAUGUUCGCCUAAUCGACUGUUUCCCCGAAUCAACACCGGUAGGAACGGCCUGCACAGAAGAUAUGUUCCUCUGCAACAACGGUUCUUGUUUGAACAGAACACGUGUCUGCGACCUAACAAAAGACUGCGCCGACGGCGAAGACGAGGGACUCGACUGUGACAAAAUACCGAAGAACGCCAGAUGUAAUUUCGAGGAGGGAUGGUGCGGCUGGAGGAACGUACCAGGAAGACCUUUAAAUUGGACCCGCCACCGUGGCGCAACGCCGUCCGAGAAAACUGGACCUAGUUACGACCAUACAUACCGCAAUGCGUCCGGAACGUACGCCUACGUAAACAUGUCUCAACGAGGGCUAUACGGAAGUCAGGGAACCAUCGAGAGUCCACUGUAUAAUCCAACGCCGCCUUAUAGUAGCGACAACAGUACUCGUUAUUAUCAAUCCUGUCAAGUACGAUUCUUUUAUCAUCAGUAUGGUGUGAACAGCGGUUCGCUUGAAUUAUAUUUGGUUCAAGUGAAACCGCACCAAAAUCAUUCGGAAUUAUUGUGGCGGUCUUACGGAGACAAAAGUGACGUUUGGUACGGUCAAGCUAUCGUUCUACCUGAUAUCAGAUACAGAUAUUUUAUUCAAUUCGGUGCAAGCAGAAGCUACUCGUCAAAAGGCGACGUGGCGAUCGAUGACUUUUCUCUGAGCCCGGAAUGUUUUGGCAUUGGAGUUCCUCCCGAAGUCGUGGGAGAUUUCAAUUACUACAAUCCUAUUAUUGAUUCGGAGAAAAUCCCGGAUCAGCACGUAGAUUUUGUUAACGAAACUGUAAUACGAAUUACCACGUGCGGAAAUAGUGGUAGAAUAGGUCCUACACCUGAACAAUGCGCCGAAGAAUACAAUCGAACAGAUAUAGAAUUGAUGGUACCUUCGCCAGGAGCGGAAGAUCUUCGUUUAUUUAACUUAAACGGUGUUCAACGAUGGACUGCGCCACGCGGUGGAUAUUACACUUUGAUCGGAAUGGGUGCUCGUGGAGGAAAAGGAUCUAGCGGUAUGGGAAGCACGCUGGGUGCACUUGUUCGCGGUGUAAUUGAAUUAAAAAAGGGUGAGCAGCUGUAUUUCAUGGUUGGACAGCCAGGAACUGAUGCGUGUCCUAAAAAUUUAGGAUCAACGAUAGAUAUCUGCCAGAAAGACGGCACGCAUGGAUCGACUCCUCCUCCAGGAUCUUCCUCGAAAGUACACGAAGUGAGGAAAAUUAAGAUCGAGGAUGGCGGAGGUGGCGGCGGAGGUGCAACUUACGUUUUUACAUUGAAAAACAACGGAGACCAGCAUCCGUUAAUUAUCGCCGCGGGUGGUGGUGGUUUAGGAUUGGGACAAUUUGUCGACAACGGUCUGCAACACGGUCAGGGACCUGCACCUUCCGGAAGACAGCCCUCUUCCGGUACAGUUCUCUCCAGAGGAGCAGGUGGACCUGGCGGCGGUUGGAAUGGGUCAUCGAGCAAAGUUUCGGAUCAACGAACUUCCGCUGGCGCGCCCCUAGUUAAGGGUGGCGUAGGAGGAAUUGGUUGCGGGCCACGAAAUCGGAGUCACGGAAGCGGAGGAUUCGGGGGCGGAGGCGGGGGAUGUCGUACAGGAGGCGGCGGCGGCGGUUACAUAGGUGGUAAUACCGGUUAUAAGGAACCAAGCAAUGGCGAAGGUGGUUUCUCCUACGCCAGUCGCGGGCUUAUGCAUGUUCACUUCCAACCGGGAAUAAAUCACGGAGCUGGAGAGGUUUACAUUAUUCCUGCUAUUAGCGGUUGUGGUUGCGACUUCCGUUGCGUCGCUCUUGAUCAGUACCUCAGCGAGACAAAAUGUAUUUGCCCUCCAGGCUGGUUCUUGAGUAACAAUUCGAGGUCAUGCGUCAUGGCUGAUGAUACAAAGGGUCCGCACCAAACCUUCAUGAUUUUGCUCAUAACAGUAACCAUUGGCUUACUCGUUGCUUUCACCGCACUCUGCCUACUACUCUAUAAUCGUUAUCAAAAUCGAAAGGCGCUUUUAAGGCGGCGACAAGUAAUGUUCGGUAAUGGUACCGAAUUAACGUCGCUGCGCGCUGUUUCCGACACUAUGAUGACUGAAUUCAAUCCGAACUACGAGUUUGCAGGGAAUCUCUAUAGUUUUAAAGACUUGCCGCAGAUACCUCGUGAAUAUAUCACUUUGGUGAAACCCCUAGGUCAAGGUGCUUUCGGCGAGGUGUUCCAAGGUAUUUACAAGUACAGACGCAACGAGGAGCAUCCGGUUGCUGUGAAGACUAUACCAUCCUCGUCGAGGCCUCAAACCGAGACUGAUUUCAUGAUGGAAGCUCUGAUAAUGAGCAAAUUCGAUCAUCCGAAUAUAGUGCACUUCAUCGGGGUCUCUUUCGACAAAAAUCCAAAGUACAUUGUGUUAGAGUUGCUUGCCGGUGGAAAUUUAAAGAACUUCCUUCGUGAAGAAAGACCACGCGCGGAACGGCCCACUUCGUUGACGAUGCUGGAUCUGAUAAUGUGUGGCUACGACGUUGCCAACGGCUGCAAAUAUAUGGAAGAGGCCCGUUUUAUUCAUCGGGAUAUCGCUGCCAGAAAUUGUUUGCUUACGUGCAAGGGACGCGGUCGGAUAGUGAAAAUCGCUGAUUUCGGAAUGGCUAAGGAUAUUUACAGGAGCGAUUAUUACAGGAAGGGCGGCAAGGCUAUGUUACCGAUCAAAUGGAUGCCGCCGGAAAGUUUCUUGGACGGGAUAUUCACCACGAAAACUGACGUUUGGGCAUUCGGCGUUUUGCUCUGGGAAAUUAUGUCCUUCGGAUAUAUACCUUACACCGGGUGUACUAACAGAGAAGCUAUGGCAAUGGUAACAUCGGGCGGUCGUUUGGAAAAGCCAGCAGGAUGCCCGGAUCCAAUUUACGGGAUAAUGACACGAUGCUGGCAUCCACGACCAGAAGAUCGGCCUAGUUUCGCGACUAUCGUCGAGAGGAUCGGUUACUGCUUACAGGAUCCCGAUGUGAUCAAUCUUCCAACGCCGAAUUUCGACAUUCUGCCGAUUUGCGAUCGCGAAGUGACCAUUAUGAGACCAGAUCCAGAAACGGAAUGCAUCAACGUGCAGUCAGAAUUGGACGCCUGCGGAUACAUGCAGCCUAGAAUAAUCGAUCCUCGAUCGGCGAGUCAGCGCAUAGCUCAAGCUAUCGGCAGCAACAAUCUUUCCAAUACCAAAAACGAGAAUCCAAAUCGAACGAAUUUAAAUGAAAAAAGUGGCCUGCAGCCGACAGAUCGUCUUCGAUUUCAGUCUAAUCCAUAUGGCACUAAUAUAGACACUUGUGAACAAACUUUCAGCGAAAAUAUCAGUCGCGAUGAUUUUGACGAUAAAAAUGACCACACAGAGCAAUGGUACUCACGCUAUUCAUCGACACGUCUUUCUUGUUUUGAAUAUCUUCAUUUCUUAGAAUUGGGUAAGCACAAAGGUGACAGCUCGACAAAUCGAGAUGAAAAAUGCGUACAUCGAACUUCAACGGACAUCGAAAAUAGCGGUAAGUUAAGAAUUGCAGACAAUGGUAAUAACCGUCCAACCGAUAUCGAAACCCGUCGGAGCAGCACGGUAGACGUGACGGACGUGGACAGAAGAAAUGGUAACGAGAGUAUAACAACCACCGACACCAACUCCGACUCUCUGAUCGUUGCUUCUUCAGACACCCCGCCCGACACCACGAAUUCGUCACCGAACACACGUACCUGCUCCCCUAGUCACACUGGCCUAAAUGCGAGCCCCACUAAUGUCAAUGGAAUGUUAAAGAAAAACGCCCUAAAAGCCGCUCUCAGUUUGGAUCCCAGCGCUUUGUGCCGUGGAACGAUACCAUACGAGAAAAUAGCAUUCUCGCCGCCGCCGCAACGUUCCAGUACUCCUUCGAGCAUGGAGAUCAAGAAGGAUUCUCUGGUUCUCGAGCUACCGAGGGAAGAGGAAUGCUCCUGCUGA